CCCUGCGCGCUGCGCAUGCGCGGGGCGGCGCGGCCGAUGUCGGCGCCGUUCGAGGAGCGCAGCGGGCUGGUGCCCUGCGUGACGCCCUGGGGCCGCUGGUACCAGACCCUGGAAGAGGUGUUCAUCGAGGUGCAGGUGCCGCCGGGUACCCGCGCUAAGGACGUGAGCUGCAGCCUGCAGAGCCGACGCAUCGCGCUGUCCGUGCGGGGCCGGGACGUGCUGCAGGGUAAACUUUUUGACUCUACAAUAACUGAUGAAGGAACAUGGACCUUAGAAGACAGGAAGCUGAUUAGAAUUGUCCUAAUGAAGACAAAUAGAGAUGCUGGAAAUUGCUGGACAUCUCUGUUAGAAAAUGAAUACACUGCUGAUCCUUGGGUACAGGACCAGAUGCAAAGGAAACUGACACUGGAGCGAUUCCAGAGGGAGAAUCCUGGAUUUGACUUCAGCGGAGCAGAAAUUUCUGGAAAUUACAGCAAAGGAGGACCGGACUUUUCUAGUCUUGAAAAGUAAACUGUUGCUUUGGUCCUUGAGAGGAAUUACACAUUACCCUUACAGACUGGAAUCAUGUAUCUGGUGAAGACUUCACUGAUCUCUUCAGCUAUCUCUUCUGCUGAUUAUUGCCAAGUAAUUACUUGAAUGAAAAGAAAGAUUUCUUCCAGUAGCGUAAACGCCAGCUCAUUUAUAAGCCGCAAUAACUUUCUAAUAUCAAGGGACAAACUAUAGAGAAAUGUGUACACAAAAAAACUAACAUCUUUAAGCAGUUGUUUGUUGUUGUUUUUUUCCCCAGAAACACCAUAGUAAUCUAGUCAGUUAUGAAUAUACCAUGUCUUUAUGCAAGAAUAUCAUAUUCACCUUUGAAGAAGAGACCUUGGAAGCAAAAUAUUUAAUACUUUUUCUUAACUUGAAAGGGGAAGGGUAUUGGAAUGGCUACAGUUACACUUUGCCUCUGUAGCAGCCCUCUGGGAGCUCAUUUAUUUCAUUCCAAAAUAAUGUUUUAAAUAAAAAAAAAAUCUUGCCUGAAAUACCAUUUUACAG